AUGAGCAGCUCUUCUUGCAGUAUCACCGAAGGCCCUUCCCUUCUCAGAGAUGCCUUGAAACAGCUCUUGCUGGUUUCUGCCUCCCUUUGCAGGCAGUUCCAAGGUCACACAGACGGGGCGAGCUGCAUUGAUAUCUCCAAUUAUGGCACCAAACUUUGGACCGGCGGUUUGGACAACACCGUCCGGUGCUGGGAUCUCCGCGAAGGCCGGCAGCUGCAACAACACGACUUCACCUCGCAGAUCUUCUCCCUGGGCUACUGCCCCACGGGGGAGUGGCUGGCCGUGGGGAUGGAGAGCAGCAACGUGGAAAUCCUCCACGUGACCAAAUCGGAGAAGUACCAGCUGCACCUUCACGAGAGCUGCGUCCUCUCCCUGAAGUUCGCUUCCUGUGGCAAAUGGUUUAUCAGCACCGGGAAAGAUAAUCUGCUUAACGCAUGGCGGGCUCCCUAUGGCGCCAGCAUCUUUCAGUCCAAAGAAUCUUCCUCGGUUCUGAGCUGCGACAUCUCGGCUAAUGACAAGUUUAUCGUGACCGGAUCAGGAGACAAGAAAGCCACGGUUUAUGAGCUGGUCUACUGAGCCAUGUUCCUCAUUUCGGACGGCUAGGAGAUCCAAACGCUUUCGUUUCCCUGGAAAAAAUGUAUUUUCUCCACUGGCUUCGGAGACGGUGGUGCUGAAACGGCCUUUGCGCUUCCAACCCUCCUUGCAGACGCAUGAGGACUAGAAACUUGAAAGAGCUGAGAGUCUCAGGAAGAUAUUUUUCCUCCCUCAAGAAGCAAAUUUCUUUUUCAGAUCCCCAAUGGAGCAAAAUCUUUUCAUUAUCCCCCAGAAGGGGCUGGAAGAUCACUUCAAAGUUUGACAUGUUGAGUAGCCAAUCCACAUCAGGCUCAACUGAGCCCCGCCCACAUUCCAACCCCCCAAAUGCUGCAGUCAUAUUUUCAUUUUUGAAUGGCUGCAUUUGCACCUCGCAAAUAGAUCUACAGGUUGUCCCUGACUUAUGACCGGUUGCUUAAUGACUGUUCGAAGUUACGACGGACCCUGGAAUUUAUGACCUGGUUUCAAAGUUGCAAUUUCUUCUUCACCCCUGUGGUCCUGUGACCAAUAACUACUU